AUGGAUGAUUCUGAAACAAACGGCCUUGCGCGACCGCAAAUAUCCACAACGCCAACUGCUACCGAAUCUGUUCCUACGCCUAUACCCCCCGGCGGUUCCUCCUCGUACAUUCCAAACAUAUGUGCCACCAAAGCCCGUG